AAAAAAUAAUAGAAAUUUUCAAAAUAUCGUCUUGGCUACAGCGAUGUUUGGCGGUAGGAACAACAGUAGCGUUGCGAAUCGUCAACCUACGUCUGCAUGUGUCGUGACUUAAGUGGAGACUACUAAGUUUUUUUAAAUACCUGGAAGCUUUUAUGGUAUGUGAUUAACUAGGGUGUUUUUUUUGUUAUGUCGUUUGCUUGAGCAUGUUUUCGAAAAUCUGUUUUACUAAUGCAGAAUUCUUAAGAAUUCUUUAUUAUUAAAUUUAAUAAUAAAGAAUUAAGCAUUUCGCAACGCUUUAUCUGCUUUCAUAGCUAUCUUGGGUUAGAGACUAAAGUCUCAUAUAUAUCUUAUAAAUUAUCAAAAAGGCGGAAGGAGAGGUUACAAACUGACACGUGCACUAAACCUUAUGUCUCUUAGAAAACUAUCUGCAUCUUCUAUUCAGCUUCCAAUAAACUAGCAAUCCACCGUCUUGCCUUCACAUUUUGAAUAUGCGACAAGAAAUUUUAUAUUUUUAUGUUACUCUUCUACGACAUGGAGAAACAACCGAAAAUAAAAACAGAAUAAUCCAAGGUCAUUUAGAUACAGAUCUGUCAGAUAAUGGAUAUGAACAGGCAAGAAAUGUUCGAACAUUCAUCAAUCAAAGUGCACCAGAUAUUGUUAUUUCAAGUGAUUUGAAGAGAGCGAGAUUUACGGCAUAUGAAGUAAGUGAUUCUAAAGUUGUUGAAGUUGAACCACGGCUUCGUGAAAGAAAUUUUGGAUCACUUACUGGUCGCACGUGGUCUGAGGUUCAAAAGUUAACGGAGUCAGAUUUCCAGAUGGGACAAGAGUGUGAUGGCUGGCGCAGUGUCGGUGGAGAAUGUCCACAUGAGCUAGCAAGCCGAACACAUGACUUCCUUUUAGAUUUGUGUUUUCGUCUCCUGGAGAAGCCUGUGAUUCAUACUGAUAAUCGGCGUCAAGUCUGUUUUCCGAUUAUAGGUUCUACUGAUGUACCACGAAUGGAAGAUAUAAUCACAAAAAAUUGUACUGUGUUUCCGAAGAAUGGUACAGAAAUUCCGUCGAUCAAUUAUGCAGGACAUAUUCUUAUUGUAAGCCAUGGUGGUUGGAUUCGACAGUUUUUAAGACUUUUGGCCUAUCAUUCAAAAUACAAGCAGGAUUUUCCGAAGCAGUGCAUCAGUUCGGUUAUGAACAAUUGUGGAAUAUGUCAAGUAGGAAUAGCAUUUGAUGUAGAGAGUAUGAAAAUGUAUCAAAAGUGUCCACCGGAUAGUCGUAGCGUUUUUAAUUCUCCACUCCCUGUUUUCGGCAGUACUAUGGUUCAAAAUGGAACAUCUACCAGUGGGGAAAAAACCGACUCAUGUAAAUACAUUUGUUCAGCCAAUCCGAUGUUACCAAUAAUGGCAGUGUGCUACCGAUUCAACGUUACAGGUUCCCUGGCUUCACUUGUUCAGGAUCACAAUGUGCCGUCAACGCUAUCCAAUAAUAAAGAAUCUUCCCAUGAAGAAAACUUCCCCCGAUAUGAUGAGAAUGAAUAUGCCGGACAGUCAUCGAGCAAAUAAGCUUUUGUGAUGUAAUACCACUGAUAACUGUUAGUGUCUUAACUAAAUAUCUAGAACAUACUGUGUAACUUAAUACGUUUCCAGUGUAUAAACUUCUUCAUGUUCCUUGUUUAUUUUAAAUAUAGAAGGUUAGAGUUGAAUUUUAAGUUGAUACCGCC